ACUACAACCAAGUGUUCGUCUUCGAUGUCUUCACCUUUUCCUUUUUCAUUGCCUUUCCAUCAUCUUUAUUGCUUUCAUCUUGUUGGUAUCUGAAAGAAAAAGAAUACUUGAUAUUUUGACCUAGAACUGUCUUACAACCAUUAUAUUUUCUAUUUUUCAAAGGCAAUACUCGCACACAACUGCUUAAUAAAAUCCAAGGGAUAUGACAUUGGCUAUAUCAAAUUCUGUUUGGGUCGAGAUUACUGACCCCGAGUCUCGCAAUACAUUCUAUGCAAAUCUGACAAGCGGGGAGUGCGACUGGUCUCUUCCAGAAGGUGCUGUAAUCCAGCGACAGGACCCCGCAGGCGAAUGGUGGGAGCUCUUUGAUGAUAUUCAUAAUCUACCUUAUUACUACAAUACAAAGACAGGCCAAACAGAAUGGGAACGUCCGCAUGAUAGCAUUAAUGUCAUCUCGUUGACUGCAAUUCAGAAAUCUAUCAUCGGACAGCAGCUUUCCCUUCAUAUCACAGGCGGAGGUGGACAAGGACCACCGGAAGAAGCAACUAAUGCUAUCAAUGGUGUCGAAGGACACCGAGUAUCAUCAGUUGUAGGGACCCCAACCAUAAAUGCAUUUCCAAAUAUCAUGGAUUCUGAAUCUCAAACUUGUAUAGCAGCCAAUUCCUUGGGCGUAACCGCUGACAAACCGAAAAACUUCUCGAUCAUUGCAUCAUCCCAGAGCGCAAGAAGCGGCAGUUCGCCAACGCUUUUUCAAAACACACAGACGUUAGAAUUGAAGCCAAUGCUAUCAUUAUCAUCGACGACGGGACCUAUUAUCAAAAGUGCUAGUCGAAAAAAAUCAAGACCCUAUAGCUCACAAGCACAACAGCUGUCUCAAAGCAUUUCCACCAAUUCAAUAAUGUCAUCGUUCCAAAAAGCAGCAUCCAUGACUUUAUACAGGAAUUCAACGUCAUCAUAUGGGCAGCCAAUACCCAUUCCGCCUCGUCCGCAGUCUGUUUCGAGCAAUGCACCUCCACUUUCAACAUCUCACCCUCUAACAUCUACUGAAUCCAAGAAAUUGAGUGUUUUGGGGAUAUCCAAUGACACACUAUUUCAACCAGCACGCAAAAGCCUUCAGAUUGCAGAGCGUGCCAGAAAAAUUGGUAUCGGAGCACCAGUGGCAAACGAUGAGGCAGCAAGGAAGAUGUCACCUAUGAUCAUUGAGCAACAGCAAGAGGCCCUCCGUAAAAUGUCAGGUAGUCCUCCGCCGACUUCCUCUGAAUCAGCGUCAAAAGAGGGUAGUCAUGUUGUACAAGCUUAUUCACAACCGACUGGAGGCGGUACCUUCCCUCUUGGUACGCACCCUGCACUCCCUGCAGAGCUUCAGUCAUCCAUUUCUCAAUUUCGUAUAGCAGGCUUUGCGGAAAAAUAUUUCUCAACACAUAAAAAGGGUCUAUUCCGGCGAAAAGUGCCUAUGGAGAAGAUGUUACUUCAUCAGAAAAGUCCACUUAGCCAGCCGUUAAUGGUACUCAAUAAGCGUGGAGUUCAGAAGGAUGCUCUUAGAUGCUUCAAAAUCAUCCAAAAAUUGAUGGGCGAGCGAAAAGGGAACGGAUAUGCAGGGCCCACAGGCGUAGAGUUAGGCGAGACGUGCGUUGACUUGUCAAUCCAAUCUGAAGAGGACAUCAAGUUAGUACUAGAGCUAAUCAAGAAGGGUCAAGAUCACGGUGAGCUUCGUGACGAAAUUUAUGUUCAACUAUGCAAGCAACUGACACAGAAUCCAAGCAGAGAGGGAAGCAUCAAGGGCUGGCAUUUGUUCACAAUAAUCCUUAUAACAUUCGCUCCAUCCAAGGAUUUACAUACCUACCUGGCUUCAUUCCUCAACCAGCAUGCAACUGUAUCUCUGCAUCCCAUCCCGGUAAUGGCUCGACACUGUCUUGAUCUACUUCGCCGGAUCAGUAAACGGGGCUCACGGGCAAAGCAACUUACUGUAGUCGAAAUUGCACGAGCCCAAGAGGCUGCAUUCAAGCCAAGCGUGUUUGAGGCGACAUUAGAGCGUCUUAUGGGCCGCCAAAUGGCAGCAGGAGGUGAAUGGGCGGCAUGGCGCGUCCCUCGACUGAUGGUGUUUCUGAAAGAAAGUGUAUUAAAUUUGGAUGGCCUGAAGACAGAAGGCAUAUUUCGUAUCUCUGGCGAUUUAGGCGCCGUUGCCGAACUGAAAGCACGGAUAGAGCUCGGAAACUAUGAUCUAUCAGGAAUUGCAGAUCCACAUGUACCCUGUUCAUUGCUGCGACUCUGGAUCCGUGACCUACCAGAACCCAUCAUCCCUUAUGAUAUGUAUCAACGAUUCAUCGAUGCAGCACAAGAUAAAGAUGCGAUUGCCAAGCUGAUCGAUGAUCUUCCACUUUGGCAUAAGGAGACACUCAUCUAUCUCGUGGCGUUCUUAAAGACAUUCAAUCAACCAAAGAUUCGAGAAGCUACCAAGAUGAGCCUUUCAAAUCUAGCUAUGGUUUUUGCACCAACGCUUUUGCAAUUUUCUAGUGAUGACAUCCCUAUUCAGAUGGGUCGUUUACAGGCAGAGAGAACGUUUGUUUCAACGCUCAUCGCAGAGGUAGAGCUCUCAGAUGAGGACCUAUGUAUCGUUGGAGAGUCUAGGAGUUGAGUUAGAGUAAAAAAUUAGUUCACAUAAAGACCUCUGGAGACGCAAGAGAUGUC